AUGAGAUCUUUGCGACUUGCAAGUACUCUUGUACUAGUUGAACAUGACGAGACAAAUCUACACCCAGUGACCCUAAAUGCGAUCAGCGCUGCCUCAAAACUUGGGGAUGUGACGGUGCUUGUGGGAGGCACUAAUGCUAAAAAAAUCGCUGAAACGGUUGGGAAAACCGAACACGUUAAAAAAGUUCUCGUAGCCCAAAAUGAAAAGCUGAAGGGUCAAUUGCCAGAGCGUAUGACUAGCGUUGUUCUCGCAGCGCAAAAGCAGUUCAAUUUUGGAAGCAUAGUUGCGGGAGUGUCUGCCUUUGGAAGGUCCCUUAUACCUCGGGUCGCUGCAAAGCUUGAUGUUUCGCCAGUCAGUGACAUUAUUUCAAUAAUAUCGGAAGAUACUUUCGUAAGGCCUAUUUACGCUGGAAACGCUCUUUGUAAGGUGAAAAGUUUAGUUCCUGUUAAGUUGCUAACAAUCAGGUCAACUGCUUUUCCCCCAGCAGCUAUUGGAGGCGGCAAUGCUGUCAUUGAAGAUGCUCCUAGUUGCGAGAUUCCUAAUGGUAACACAGAAUUUCUGGGGCAAGAAAUUGCCAAGUCAGAAAGGCCAGAUUUGCAAAGUGCCAAGGUUGUUGUUUCCGGUGGAAGAGGAUUAGGUUCGUCUGAAAAUUUUAAACUUAUCUAUGAACUUGCUGACAAGCUUAAUGCCGCUGUUGGUGCAUCCCGAGCAGCAGUUGAUGCUGGAUAUGUAUCAAACGACCUGCAAGUUGGACAAACCGGGAAAGUUGUUGCACCUGCUUUAUACAUUGCUGUUGGCAUUAGUGGAGCCAUUCAGCACUUGGCCGGCAUGAAAGACAGUAAAAUAAUAGUAGCUAUAAAUAAGGAUCCCGACGCACCAAUCUUUCAGGUUGCCGAUUUCGGACUAAAGGCAGAUUUAUUCAAGGCAGUUCCGGAGCUUAUUAAAGCACUUUGA